AUGAGCUGCGGCACCAAGUCUUCGACCAGCACCACCAGGAUGAGCAGCGGGGGUGGCGGUCGUGCCGGUGGUGGGGGCUGUAGUGGUGGAGGAGGUGGAGGGGGUAGCAGUGGUGGAGUACGUAGGUCUGGUGGGUACUCCUCGGUGUCCACUAGAAAAUACACCUCUUCUGGCGGAAGUGGAGGCUUUUCUGGGAGAAGCUUUGGAGGAGGAGUUUCCAGGAGCAGCUAUGGAGGGGGCUUCAGCAGUGGCAGCUGUGGCAGGAUUAGCCGCGGCAGCUACGGUGGGAGAAUGAGCGGAGGCAGCUACGGAGGAGGGAUGAGCUGUGGAAGCAUGGGGGGAGGAUACGGAUCAGGCGGGGGGGGCUUUGGGGGAAUGGGAGGUGGCUACGGAGCUGGCCUCGGCGGGGGUGGCUUUGGCAGUGGUGGCUAUGGUGGAGGUAGUUUUGGUGGCGUGGGGUUUGGUGAAGAUGCUGGCUUGCUCUCCACAAACGAAAAGUUGACCAUGCAGAACCUUAACGACCGCCUAGCUUCUUACCUGGAUAAAGUGCGGCGCUUGGAGGACGAAAACGGUCAACUUGAACAACUGAUCAGGGAGUGGUAUAAGAAUCAAGGUCCCACUUGCAGCAGGGACUACAGCCAAUACUACAGAACAAUUGAAGAUCUGCAAAACCAGCUCGUCAAUGCAACUGUGGACCUCAACAAGAUCCUCCUGGACAUUGACAACACCAGAAUGACUGUGGACGACUUCAGACUGAAGUACGAAACUGAAUAUACUCUCCACCAGAGCGUGGCAAGUGAUAUCAAUGGCCUACGUCCGCUUUUGGAUCAACUGACUCUGGCCAGGUCUGACCUGGAGACGCAGUUUGAAUCCCUGAAAGAGGAACUGGUCUAUCUUAGGAAGAACCACGAGGAGGAAAUCAGAGGACUGCAAACACAAUCAGGUGGUGAUGUCAAUGUGGAGGUCAAUGCUACUCCCGGCAUUAACUUGAUGGAAAAAUUAAAUGAAAUGCGUUGCGAAUACGAACGGCUUAUUGAGAACAACCGGAGAGAGGUGGAAAGCUGGUAUGAAACCAAGAUGGAGGAAGUUAAUCAACAAGUCCACUCAAGUGGCCAGGAGAUACAGUCAAGCAACCAACAGAUCUCUGAGCUCAGACGUGAAUAUCAGAGCCUGGAAAUCGAGCUGCAGUCGCAAAUCAGCAUGGUAGACUCUUUGCAAUCCAACUUGGAAGACACAGAACAUCGCUACAACAUGCAGCUGCAGCAGAUCCAGGGGAUGAUCGGCCCCUUGGAGGAGGAGCUGGCCAGCAUCCGCUGUGAGACGGAGAGUCAGAACGAGGAGUACAAGAUGCUCCUGGGCAUCAAGACGCGCCUGGAGCAGGAGAUUGCUCAGUACCGGGCACUGCUGGAGGAAGGGCAGCAAGACCUUGUAGUCCCAGGAGGAGGCAUGGGAGGAGGCAUGGGUAGAAUAGGAGGUGGUGGCUAUUCUUCUGGAGGAGGAAGAGGAGGAGGAGGAGGUGGUGGCAUAGGUGGUGGAUAUGGAGGAGGAAGCGGAGGAGGAAGUGCGGGAGGAGGAAUGGGAGGUGGAAGUGGAGGAAUAGGAGGGGGAAGCGGCAGUGGCUGCGGUAGUAUUGUUGGAGGAGGAGGAGGAGGAAGGAUCUCAGGCGGCGUCAGCAGCUCCCACUCCUACUCUUCAUCUUCCCAUUCCCAGUCAGGCCGGACUGGUGGAGAAAGCCAAGGCUGUGGAAGAAAAGCUUAUGACUAA